CAGUCCCGGCAUGCUCCAGGCGCGGACCUACGCACGUGGGCGGUGCUCAAGGGCGAGCUCCGAGCUUCCAGUGAACCGGCUGCUCCCCAGUCCAGACUCAGACGGCGGCUUCUUUCGGCAGACCAUGGAGUUGUCGGAGGAGGAGACCUCGGGAGAGACCUCGGGCCCCUUGAAGCCAUGCCUGCUGCGGCGCAACCGGAGCCGGGAGCAUCACGGCGCGGCGGCCUCCAGCCUGGAGGAGCUGAAGAGCAAGGCUCUUGACAUCCUGGCCAUUGACAAAUCAUUAGAGCCGAUCACUCUGGUCCUGGCGGAGGACGGCACCAUCGUGGAAGAUGAAGAUUACUUCCUGUGUUUACCGGACAACACCAAGUUUGUAGCCCUCGCUUGCAACGAGACGUGGAAAUACAACAAUACAGAUGGGGGCACAGCGUGGCUCACCCAGGAAUCCUUCGAGGGAAAAGAUGAAACAGACAGCAGUGAGGGCUGCAGGUGGAAGAACCUGGCCCGACAGCUUAAAGGAGACCUCUCCAGCAUCAUCCUCCUGGCAGAGGAAGAUCUUCAGGUGCUCAUUGAUGUUCCCUGCUCAGACUUGGCCCAGGAGCUCUCUCAGAGUCCUUCAAGAACCCAGGACCUCCAGAACACACUCCAGCAGGUGCUAGACCACAGAGAAGAAGCCCGGCAGUCCAGGCAGCUGCUGCAGCUCUAUCUCCAGGCCCUGGAGAAGGAGGGAGGCAUCCUGUCGAAGCAGGCAGAGUCUGAAGCUGCUGUGGAUGAAGGGAUGGAUGAAGUGGACUCAUCUGGCUAUGUCACACUGUCCAGUCACGUCCUGAUGGUGCUGAAGGAGAAGUCCUGCCCAGAGCUGAGCUUAUCCAGCCAGGAUUUAGAGUUGGUGACCAAGGAGCACCCAGAGGCUCUGGCCCGAGCUUUAACCUGGGACCUCGAGAAGACCGAAGCAGUCCAGAGAGCCUGUCAGCAGCAGCUCACCCUGCGCCUGCAGCAGGUCCAGAGCCUCAACGCACUCCACAGUAUCUCUGCCAGGAAGAGUUCUCUGACCGAAGAGCCUGUGAGCCUGAAACGGUCCAAGUGAGCCCCCCUUCCCCGCCUCGCCUCCUGGCCAGCAGCUGCUGGAAGUCUGGAUGCGGGGACAUUGGCAGGAACUCAGACUCUGGCUGUUCUCCCUGUCCAGCCGCCCACCCCCAUCUUAGGGCCUCUCCAGUGAUGGGGGGCGGGGAGCUGGACAGAGGGGCCGAGAGGCUCAGACCCCAUUGGGAAAAGCCAUCAUGGAAACAUACUUAUGACCUGAGCAACUGAGGCUCUGUUCAUUUUUAGAAUAUUUGGGCUACAGAGACAAGACCAUCACCUCCCAAACUAACUGUGGGCUCCUGCUUUGUUCAAAAUUCCAAGAGAGGGGGCUGUUUCUGACUCGUAAUCCCCGCCCUCCCCCAUGGCCGCAGCAGAGAAGCCUGAUGAGGGAUGGGAUGUAGAACAUGCUCAUUUGGGAGGGCUGGGGAGGGGAGGCUUUUCUUUUCAAACAACCUCUAGGUGUACUUUAAGUCUGAAAAACCAGGAAUGGCUUGAGGUGGAAGAGGGCUGGGUAUUUCACUCCUUAUAUCUAAUCCAGAGAGGCAGCUGGCCAUGGUUGUGGGGAUGACCUGGGUUCAAACUCACCUCUGACACCCCCUGGCAGGAGAUGCUCGGCCCCUCGGUGCCCCAGGCAGAGAAGGUGCUGAUUUUUGUUGGGAGAGGAAGUUUCUCACUGGGAGUUCUCUGCGCCGCUGAAAUUAGAUACGGCCAAAAUACAUAUAUAUAAAGAGAACUCGACGUGCAUUAUCUCAUUUGAUUCUCCGAUCAACCCCGUGAGGCAGGUGCUAAUAUAGAUCCACUAUAUAGAUGAGAGAACUAAGGCUCAGGUGAAGUGACUUGACUGGGGGUGCAGAGCUAAGCGUGUGCGGCAGAAUUUGAACUCAGGUCUUACUCCAGUGCCUAGCCACCACCAUGCUAUAUAUAAUGCAUAUAUAUAUUAUAUACCACUCUGCUAUAUACGAUGCAUACGUACGUGUACUAUAAGCUACCACUGUACUAUAUAUAAUGCAUAUGUGUACAUACGUACAAUAAAAGGUUACGUAUUAUGAAA